GGAAUUUUUUCUGCUUCUUCUGGAAUCUUCAGUAACUUGUCUGGGAAGAGAGCUGAAUGGCCUUGGAAAAUUUGGCAAGACCUCUUGUGGACAUAAAGACCUGUGGAGAUCCUUGAGUCCAUUUUGGAGCUUUAUUAGAGACCAGAGAGAAGAUGGAGGGACAACACCCAACAGAUGCAGAAAUUAGAAAAGGCCCCCCAGCUGCUCAGCCUUGGAGCUGUGGGAAGAAUGGGGCAAGUCCUGGAUGGAGGAGCCACAAAGAGGCAUCCAAUAGUUCAGAGGUCCAAUGCUGUCACUUCAGAAAAGUGCAGUUUCAGGAGGGGAGCCGUCCCCGAGAUGUUUGCACUCAGCUUCACUACCUUUGUUGUCAGUGGCUGCAACCAGAAAAACACACCAAGGCUCAGAUGCUGGACCUGGUGCUCCUGGAGCAAUUCUUGGCUGUCCUUCCCCCAGAGAUGGCAAGAUGGGUGCGGGAGUGUGGAGCAGAGACCAGUUCCCAGGCAGUGUCCCUGGCCGAAGGCUUCUUGCUGACUCAGGAGGAGGAAAACAUGCAAGAAGAGUUGCAGAAAUCCAUGGAAUCUGUGACUGAGUAUCCUAAGGAGGGGAAACAUUCAUUCAGAUCUUCUCAAGAGCUGCUCUUCAGGGAGAACUUUCAGAAAGAUCAAAGUCAAGACGCUACGGGUUUAGCUGAACUGCUACUUCAGGAUGUUGUGUCCUUUGAGGAAGUGGCCGUGUAUUUCUCCAAGGAGGAGUGGGCUCACCUGGAUGCUGACCAAAAAGAGCUCUACAGAGAAGUCAUGCUGGAAAAUUCCAGGAAUCUGGCUUACCUGGGCUUUAAGGGGCAAGAGAAUAAGAAUUGCAAGGAAGAACUCCAAGCGAUCCAUUCGAAAGGGGGGAAAAGGAAAUUCGUAGAUCAGAUUCAACCAAAAAGGGAUGAAACACUGCAAUCAAGAAGUGGAAUUAAAACAAGUCUUCCUCAGGUGAGUUGGCUUCCUAACCAUACAGUGAUCGAGACAGCGGAAAGUACAUAUACAUCCAUGGAGUAUGGAAAGACGUUUAAUAAAUCCGGUCAUCUCAUUUCUCAUAAAAAGAAACAUUCUGAAGAGAAACGAUUUACCUGCAUGGAGUGUGGAAAGACCUUCCGUUAUAAUUACACUUUUAUAAUUCAUCAAAGGAUCCACAAAGGAGAAAGGCCUUAUAAAUGUAUGGAGUGUGGAAAGAGUUUUACUCGUAGCAGUCAUCUUAAUUCCCACAAGUGGAUCCACACAGAAGAGAAGCCAUAUCAAUGCAUGGAGUGUGGAAAGACCUUUGCUUUUAACAGUCAACUUAAUUCCCACAAAGGGAUUCACUCACGAGAAAGACCUUAUGAAUGCAUGGAGUGUGGAAAGACCUUUACUUGUAGCAAUAAACUUAAUUCCCACAAGAGGAUUCACUCAGGAGAAAGACCUUAUAAAUGCAUGGAGUGUGGAAAGAGUUUUACUCGUAGCAGUCAUCUUAAUUCCCACAAGGGGAUUCACUCAGGAGAAAGACCUUAUAAAUGCAUGGAGUGUGGAAAGUCCUUUACUUGUAGCAGUAAUCUUAAUUCCCACAAGAGGAUCCACUCAGGAGAGAAGCCAUAUCAAUGCAUCGAGUGUGGAAAGAGCUUUACUCGUAGUAAUGGUCUUAAUUCCCACAAGAGGAGCCACACAAGAGUCAUAUAAAUGUUUGCAGUGUGGAGAUGGCUUUUGAAAGAGUUGUGAUCUCACUUUCCAUAAAAGGAGCCAUACGGGAGAAAAAAACAUAUGAACGCAUGGAGUGAGGAAAGAACUUUACAAGGAGUAAAGCUCUUACUUGCCAUAGAAGCAUCCACAGACAAGAGAAACCAUAUGAAUAAAGGAAUUCUAGAAAGAGCUUCAAUAGAAAUCCAGGUGGUUCUCACCUUAUGACUGCAAUUGAGCCCAAAAUUUCUGUUGCUAAGGACACAGUUUUUAAAUAUUUUUUCCAUAUUUUAUGAUUUUUCUUGCCACAUUUCUUACGUGAAUCACUGUAGUUGUUAAGUUAGUAACAUUUGUGAAAUGAAUCUGGUUUCCCAUUGGCUUGGCUUGUCAGAAGGUUACAAAAGGUGAUCACCUGAUCCACGGACACUGGAAACUGUCAUGAAUCAGUUGCCAAGCAUCUGAAGUUUGAUCAGGUGACCUUGGGGAUGUUGCAACGGUCAUAAGUAUGAAAAAUGGUCAUAAAUCACUUUUUUCAGUGCUUCUGUAAAUUUGAACAAUUGGUAAAUGAACUGUAGUAAAUUGACAAUUGCCUAUAGUUGUCUAAAAUCUCAUACAAGUACUAUUUGAGUAAUAAUUCAAAUAAAUUGUAUACCUUCUAAGAUAUGCAUACAUAAAUUGCCCUUCUAGUGCAAACCAGAACAAGGCGAAUCCCUAAUCCUGCUUGUUGUUUUUGCCAAGUCCAAAUACUCAAAGGUGUUAUCUGCAUGUAGUAAUAUUCCUGAUUUUUUUUUUCAUUACGUUGUUCCUGAUAUUCCAAAAUAUCAAACACAAAUAUCACGUUAUUCUUUUUUGG